GGACAUUGGCGUGCACUAUAUGUAGACCUGCAGUGCAGGUCAAAAACAUUACUGUUGAAACGAGCAGGAUAUAUAUAGGCCUGCGGGCAGACAGCUCCAGAGGACCAACACAACACAACACAGACUUCAUCUGUCAGCCAUGAGGGUCAUCAGCAUCGGUCCAGACCCAUCUCUGGUAUAUCGGCCAAAUGUGAAGAUGAAUGAAACCAAAGAGAAGGAAGACUACAGAAACUUUGAGAGUGGCAGUCUGAUUGACCGUGUGUUCAACACAUACAAGCUGAUGCACACCAGCCAGACGCUGGACUUUGUCAAGCAAAAGCAUUCUGAAUGGGCCGGCUGCAACCACACUCAGAUGGGGAUGAUGGACGCCAUCAUGUCUCUAGACCAGCUGGUGGACGAGUCUGAUCCUGAUGUGGACUUCCCAAACUCCUUCCACGCCUUCCAGACUGCUGAGGGCAUCCGCCAAGCACACCCAGACAAAGACUGGUUCCAUUUGGUAGGUCUGAUCCAUGAUGUUGGGAAGACCAUGGCUCUUUGGGAUGAACCACAGUGGGCUGUAGUAGGCGACACCUUCCCAGUGGGCUGCAAGUUUCAAAACUCCAUUGUGUUCAGACACAAUACCUUCCUGGAUAACCCAGACGACAAAAAUCCCAGCUACAAUACUGAAUAUGGGAUCUAUGAACCAAACCAUGGGCUCGACAGUGUCUUCAUGUCCUGGGGCCAUGAUGAGUAUCUCUACAGAGUUAUGAAGUUCAACAACUGCUCCAUUCCAGAGGAGGGUUUGUACAUGAUUCGCUUCCAUUCAUUCUAUCCGUGGCACUCCCAUGGAGACUACAUGCACCUGUGCAGUGACAAAGACCUGCACAUGCUGCCCUGGGUCCAAAGGUUCAACAAAUUUGACCUGUACACAAAGACAACAGAUCUGCCUGAUGUCGACAAGCUGAAGCCUUACUACCAGUCUCUGAUCGACAAGUACUGUCCUGGAAUACUGAAGUGGUGAAACAGACACAAUUCAACAGCAACACUAUGUUGUCAUGAAUCAGCUGAUACAGAGGAUGAUUACAUAUGCUAAGUAACUUUAUAACACUAAAGCUGGAUUUAGUACCUCCUGUAGACACAUAAUACUUAUCACUGACUAUAUUUCUAUCAAGCUACUCAGAAUAUAACCUGAGUAACUGUAUAUAUCUUAUGUAUACAGACACACACACACACACAUAUAUAUAUAUAAAAAUAAAUAAACCACUCAUGAUUGUUACACAUUUUCAAAUAAAAAUAUACAGAAAUGCA